AUGGGCUACUUUUCUCUAGCCGCCGUGUUGAUGCUGCUGGUUUUCGCCGGUGGAAGCAAUGCAGCGCGGCUCUACCCAACAAGCCAGGAGAAGUUCAACAACGGAACAAGCUUCUUGAGUCAAGCGGAUUCGACCAAUUCCGUUACCCUCAAAACCUACUGGGCAGGUCACCGGAUGCAUGCGGGAGAGUCCGGUGGUUUCUACGGAUUCAGCGCGACCAUGGACGUUUAUGAUUUCUCCCUAGCCAGCGACCAAUACAGUUUCGCCCUUGCUCAAAUCUUCAACCCAGGAGAUGGUGCAGUAACCAGCAUGAACUCCAUCCAGAUUGGUUGGGAGAUCAACCCACUGACUUAUGGUGGUGAUUCACAUGCUCAUUUAGCAGCCUAUUGGACGAAUGAUGGUUAUCAAAACACGCAUUGCCUCAACACCGCCUGUCCAGGUUUCCAGCCUGAGGCUGGCGCAGCCAUAUUCCUUGGAGAUGUCAUUGAGCCUGUCUCCCAGCCCAACGGAGUCAAGCAAAACAUCACAAUCAAAGUCCUCAAGGACCGUGCAUCGGGAGACUGGCUGGUGCAUUAUGGGUUUAACCAGCAUGAACCCACAUUGAUCGGUCGUUACCCUAAGUCAUUAUUCACUGGCGGCUUGGCAGAACGAGCAAGUGACAUCACCAUUGGUGGUGCCGUCAUGACGCCUCGUAGUACGGAUCUAGUCCCCAUGGGCAGCGGCUACCUCCCUUCGACGACUGUGGCAGCGGCGUUCAGCAACUUCCAGAUCAUCGAUCAGAACGGGCAAGCUUCACUCGUGAAUCAGGACUUACCAGUACGUGUCACUCGACCGGGCAUGUACUCAGUGACUCCUGUGAUCAACGGGCAGUUCUUCUAUGGCGGACCCUUCCAGUCGCCGACGUGAUUCUAGAGUGAUAGUGCAAAGUUUGUGCCAAUAUAGCUUAAGUCGGUCAUUUGGUUAUCAAUAAAAUCGUUCUUACUACGUUUUAUAU